AUUUGCAGCAAUCGAUGACGGUCAUUGCAUCCUUUCAACGCUGCUUGUUGCCAGGAUUAAUCGCUUUAUAAGCAAGCAAUAUAUUUUGCAAUAAAUUAUCAUUAGAAAGUUUAAUCGAAACACAUAAAAGAGCAAAAUGCUUUCGCAACAGUUGCACGCAGUGGUUUGGUUACUUAAUGGAGUCAUUGCACUUUACGCAUAUCCAACUAUAAAUCUACCAUUUCUAUUUGGUUCUUCCGCAUAUGGCGAAAACGCUUACAGAUUCAAAAGGAGCGGCUUGGAAAUACAAUCUGAUGCCGAUGUGUUGGAACUAGAGCACUUGAAGGACCACUAUGGCAGUGAAAACAUAGAAGCCGCUGUACAAUUGCCGUCAAAUUUCGAGCAAACUUUUGUGCCCGAUGUUGGCGCCGGUAAACCAGUUAGCGCUGAACCACUAAGUGAAUCGCAAGAAUUGGAACGUCAAUUGGAGCAAAUGCCUGCUAUUACUACAAAACUAGAGAAGAGCACAACAACAGAGUUUUCGGUGGCACCAGUGGAGCCUGAAACGCGUGGCGAGCAACUGUUACCAGUUGAAGGUGGUGGCGUUCACCGGCCACCCACCCUACAACAUGACAACGGUGGUAAAACACCAGCAGAGGGUGGUGCGGCUCACCAACAGCAAACUGCUGAAAUUGGUGCGGUUAUACCAAAUGGUGGCGGUCCACCUGCACCCUCUGCUAUCAAGCCUUUCUAUGGGGCCGCACGCUUGGCAUUCGGUCAAAAUCCGGAAGUACUUCCAACCACCUCCACAACCGCUACGUCUACUUCCACGAGCACUACAACGUCAACAACAACAACCACCACUACUCAAGCAGCCGUCCAAGCCACUAGCGCAGGCAAAGACACAAAUGCGCCUGAAUCAGAUACACUUCCACUUGACGUUGAGAGUGUCGCCGCCAAUGGGCAAGAAACCGCGCAAACGAAUCCAACAGAGAAAUUGAUCGAGCAAAUUAAACCAACAGCCCAACGUCGUUCGGUGCCCUUAAAGCCACAACAGACCGUCGAAACACUUCUUAAACGUCACAAUGGUCAAUUAUCAGCAUUUGACAUGGCGCAGUACGUGUUUUGGACUGGCGAUGAGGCAGGUGUGGCCCGCGCCGUUGAAGAACUAAUCGAACGGGGAGUGAUGUCACGUGAAAAUGCUCUGGCAUUCCUACGAGAAGUACGCAUUGGUAUUGAGUACCUGCAGCAGUCAUAUACAAAUCGUAUCUUCCCAGAAGCCGGCCUCAAUAUAAACAUAGAUAAGAAAAUGUUUGACAUGCCACAGACUAAACCGGUGGCACCGCCCACUGUCGCAGCAACAAAUGAAAAACCACUGCUUCCUUAUUUACAACUGGAGCGACUACUACAUACCAGCAAUCAAAAUCAAAUGAAACCAGUUGAAAGUGUACCAGUUUGGCCUAAAUUGCCAGUGCUAAACAGUGAAGGGACUCAAGACCUUAAUGAUUAUGAUGAGAACGGCGAAAGAGCUAAGAUAUCGCAGUUCCUGUACAAUGAAUAUACUUUGGAAGACAUUUUAUACAAAUUGGCUAAGAUUAUGUUUUCACAGUCGUUGGCACACGGUUCCGACGAGGCACAGCACGAAUUACAGAAAUUAACUGAUUUCUUGGAACGUGAGGGCAAUCUUGGUGUCAUACCAAUUGAUCUGCAGAAGAAAGUGUUACACAUCUUAUUCCGCGCUCUUUCCGAUACACUGGCUGAACGUCCCGAAUUAUUGUCGGUUGCCAAUGUAAAUCUCGCUAACACCUACAAUCGUCUUCCUCUACGUACUUUAGAACCAUGAAAUGGUCGCAGCAACAAGUGAUUCCACAAUAAUUAAAGUUUUGUGUAAAAACCCCAUUUAUUUAUAAUUUUG